AUGAAUCGCUACGGCAAAUCAGCAUUUGUCGGAGGCGCAUCGUCAAACAACAGAGCAUCUGCAAAUACAACAUGCCAGAAAUGUCUCCAGAAGGGCCAUUACAGCUACGAAUGUAAAGCGCAAGCUCAAGAACGACCAUACAUCUCUCGUCCUAGUCGCAGUCAACAGUUUCUUAACCCCAAACUCAAGCCGAAACUCGCCAACAUUGCGCCAACCCCUACCUUGACCGAGCAAGAAAAGUCAAGCGCAACCCACAAGCCCGCCCAGGAAAGGUCGCGCAAACGCUCACUAGACAACAUGGACGAUCACAGACCGUCACGCAAGCGCUCACGCUCUGCCGCAUCCUUCUCUUCGGUUUCAGUCUCAACCAUCUCCACUCGCUCUCCUUCUCCUGAAAGACCAAGAUACAGACAUGGCGCAACGCAAGAAAGAGACGUCUCAGCCACUGGAGGUGCUGGCGACAAGCGUGUAGGCCCACCAAGUUCUGCUUCAUCACCAAAUCACACGCAAUCGUACGAAGCUCAUAGCCGCAACACCCGCAUGCGCAGAAACUCAAGAAGUCCUUCUGAACGUGGAAGAAGAAGAGGCAGGUCAGCAAAUUCAGAAAGACGGAUGCGGUCCGCUUCCGAAAGGAAUAUUCUCAAAGAUGGCCGUGGUCUUACACCCAAUCGACGACCCGACGAUGCCGGCAACAACGCAAUGUUGGGGCAGCAUACUGGUCUGGAGCGGGCCGAUUACAAAACCCACCGAGAUCAAGACCGUGAGAUGAAGGAUGUGCCUGGUGGAGAUCGCCCUAGGUCUCUCAGUCCUUUCAGUAAGAGAAAGGCCCUAACGCAGAUGAACAGAUGA